AUGCCUGCCAUUAUCUCUCCCUACGCACAAUAUACGAAACUUCCUUCGCAGUUUCCCACUGAAGAUAGCGACCUUGAAAUCGGUGUAGCUCUAGGAAGUCCAACAGCCGCACCACUGCUUGGCCAAGAUCCGAGCAGGGUUCCCCGGACCAUGGCGACCAUCAACUCUCCAGCCGGCGCCGUGCCCGAACAACAAGCACAACAAGCACAACAAGCACAACAACAACAACAACAAUCUAAGAGCACAGGACUUUCUCGCCAAAUUUCUAAACGAAUACCGUUUCUCGGCCGCUCAAAGUCCAAACGGAUGACCUCCAACAAUGGCGGCGUCAACUACUCCCGCCCAGACCCCAGCCAGGGCAACUACACAAUCGGUUCCGCCACUCCUUCUACACCUUCGCCCGUUCACAAACCAGCUCCGGCGCGUGCCGGCAAGCUAAAGAAGCCCAAGUUGGCCGCGCGGCGCUCCGUGACCGACCCCCAAGCGGCGUCGUCCGCCGGCAACGCCGAGCAGCAAACGCUGGCGUGGCGGCCCGGAGGCCUCCUCGACGUCGAGAUCCCCGACAUCAGGCUCGAGCGGUACAGCGUCAUGUUCGGGAGCCUGCUCGAGAAGCAGCAAGCGGCGGCCGCGGCGGGCGGCCUGCUGGCGCGACGCCAGGCGACGCUUGCGCGGAUCCGGGCCGUCGAGGACGACACUCGCCGGGAGCACCACCAUGCCGAACUGCUACGGUCUCGGCGGGCCACCUCGCCGGCGGUCACGCCCUCCAGCACGCCCGUGGCCGAGCUGCCGGGCGACACCGCGGCGUCCGGCAUCGACCUCGCGCCGCUGCGGAUACGAUCGAACACGUUCCCCGUGUUCGCCAGGGAAGCGGACUGCCUGUCACCCCAGCAAGCGGCGGCGGCGGUGGCCGCGGCGAAGGCGGAGGACGGGGCGGAGGCGGAGGACCAGGUCGACUCGCCCGGGACGUCGCUGCUAUCACCGGGCAGCCAGCUCUCCCCCGGACCGGACGGCGACGGCCGCCCGCUCCUGCGCUCCAGGUUCCACAAGCCGUCGGUCGAGUCGAUAAGCAGCCCAUACUUUCGGCAGACGACCGAGCGAGAAAACGGCACCGCGCUCUCGCCGCCUCCCUCGGGCCCCUCGACGAACCGGAGCGCCGUGUCGCCCUCCUUCACGGCGGCAGCGACAGCGACGACGACGACGAUCACGACGACGACGAUGACCGGGUCCGCCAAGCAGGUCGACGUGCCGAGCCGGUCGACCUCGCUGCGGCACAGCAAGAACCCGCACCACCGGGUCCGGGUCGCGCCGCCGCCGCCGCAGCCCAACCCGAAGCCGACCAGCCGCGAGGAGGAGCUCGAGGACGCGGCCGAGGUGUCGAUCGCGCGGCAGAUUAGCAUCUCGCGCGGCCAGCGCCGCUUCCUCGAGCCGCUGCACGAGCGCGAGCGCCGCCGCGCCCGCGCCAACCAGCACAUCAAGGCGGCCAGCCAAAUCUCCCUCGACGACGGUGACAAGCGCCUCGCCGAGACCAAGACGGCCACGCCGACCCUGGUCCACCCGGAGCAGGGGCCCGUCCUCCUCGGCGCCGCCGCCGCCGGGCAUCUGCAGUCGCCGCAUCAGCAGCACAUGUAUCGCCGCAGCGAGCUGGUGACCAUUGAGGGCGUGCCCUCAUGA